AUGGUCAAUGGAAAGAGACUUAGUCUCACGGUCAGUCGGGCAAUUAAACCAAAAGAAGUCCCCGAAAAAAUCCGAAAAGAUGAUAUGAACAGAGAUAAAAAGCAUUCGUCAUACCUCUGCACCAGUCCUGGAUCAAAGACAGAGGUAGAAGACAAUGUAUGCUCCUUGGCAACUUUAGUGCAACCUGAGACAUCAAACCCGAAGGCGAUACGAAGAAAAUAUCUGCGAGCUGUGUUUAAAAGCGGUGAAUUUAAUAUCUACAGAACAUCAACAAAAGCUUUAAAGGUCUUCUCAAAUUACUUUCUUUUACUUGUGGAAACGAGAUGGCGAUGGACUCUUCUAAAUUUCUUUACAGCUUUCACUUGCAUUUGGUUGUUCUUUGCGUUCAUCUAUUGGGGAAUUUCUUACAAUCACGAGGAUUUCAGCGAUGAUCAUCUUCCACCGUACCAGAAUGAUACAGAAUUUGUGCCGUGCAUAAAAAAUAUUUAUGGAUUCACAUCAGCUUUUUUAUUUAGCAUUGAAGUUCAUACAACAGUUGCGUAUGGCCGUAGAGCUAUAACGUUGGAAUGCCCACAGACCAUCGUAGCAAUGUGCCUCCAAUGCAUAGUCAGCUCUAUUUUUCAAGCUAUUAUGGUGGGCAUUUUAUUUGCAAAGCUAACUCGUCCAGGAGCCAGAACACAAACUAUGCUGUUCAGUAAUCAAGCUGUUAUAAAUAUGAGAAAUGAUAGAUUCUGUCUAAUAUUUCGAGUAGGAGACAUUAGAAAGUCCAGAAUACUCAACAUCCAACCUAAAGCCUACGUUAUUCAAUUAAACACAGAUGGCUAUGAAUUAGAUAGUACUGAGCAAAUUGAACUGAAAUUGGACAUGGACGAGUGUGAAUCGGCUUUUUUCCUCUGGCCUGUUACUGCGGUUCAUGUUAUCGAUGAAAAUAGUCCAUUUUAUAGAUUGUCAGCAGCUGAUUUACUAUGUAGUCAGUUUGAAGUAGUUGUAGUGUUUGAAGGUAUUAUAGAAUCAACGGGUCAACCAGUGCAAGCUAGAUCCAGUUUCACAGAGUUUAAUAUACGUUGGGGAUACAGAUUUGUUCCUAUGGUAGGUUUUAAUGUUAAUAAAAUGGUAUAUGAUGUGGAUUUCUCUAAGUUAUCUGAAAUUCAACAAGUUGAUACGCCUUUGUGUUCUCCAAAUGAGUACUAUCAAGUGGUUGGUACGGGCGAGUACAAAAGCAAUAUUGUACGUGACGGCACCAAACGUGCUUUCGUCGAUUUC